AGGAAACUCAAGUCUCCGGUGAUAAAUAAGAAUCACAACAAGACAGGAUGCAUAUGGACCCAGCUGCUGAGCUGAAGGGAUAUGGGAGGCAAACAAUCUGUGCUCCAUUGUCUUAGCAUGUCCUUUGCAAGACUUAUUUGUGCAAUUUGAGCUUGCAAGGGGAAGAUCACGAAGUUCACAGCUCCUUUGCUCCGCAAAGAUGGAGAUUCUCCUCCGCAUCCUUUGGCAAGGGCUGCUUUUGGGACUGAUGGUCCAGCCCAGCAAAACGGGGGAGGUCCUGUGUUCUGGCACUGCUUGCUACACACUCCACUUUGGGAGGCACAGCUGGAUGGAGGCUCAGCGAAAGUGUGAAGACAAUGGGGGCAACCUGAUGACUGUGAAGAGCCAAGAGGAGGCAUCGCUGGCCUGGCAACUGCUGGGCAAGAUGCCCAAGGAGGGAGCUGGCACAGACGUGAAGGUAAGACUGUGGAUCGGGCUCCAUCGGGAGAUGGGCAAAUGCUACCAGCAGCAUCAGCCACUGAAGGGCUUCAGCUGGGUGAAAGGAGGCGAGGACACCAAGUACUCUAAUUGGGAACGGGAGCCCCUUGGAACAUGCACAACCAAGAGGUGUGUGACCCUUCAGAGGGCUCCUUCCGCACUUCAGGAACUGGCCUGGGUAGACAGCCACUGCAGUAGUUCAGCUGUCGGGAUGUCUGGCUACUUGUGCAAGUUCAGCUUCCAGGGGAUGUGCCGCCCGCUUGUUUUGGCGGGGCCAGGUGUUGCCAGAUACACCACCCCUUUUGGCAUAGCCACUGCUUCCCUUGUUGCUGUGCCCCUUGGCUCCACUGCUGAAGUGGCAUGUGGUCCUCAGAGGGAGGAGGUGCCGAAUGACUUCCUCAUGUGCAAGCCACAGUCUAACAGCAACACCUCGGAAUGGAGCAGCCCAGGCCCAUUCUGUGCUUCCCCCACUUUGGGUUGCAGCUACAGCAACGGGGGCUGCGAACACAAGUGCCUGGACUUGGGCAGGGGCUUGUUCCAGUGUGCUUGCCACGCCGGAUACCAGCUUGCAGCAGACCGCCUUUCCUGCGACUUCGUGGACUAUUGCAGCUCCAGCCCAUGCCAAGGACAGUGCCUGCCACGCCCAGGCAGCUUCGAAUGCCUCUGCCCUCAGGGUUACAUGUUGGCUGACGAUGGGCUGCACUGUGUGGAUGUGAAUGAAUGCAGUGCUUCCCAAAGCCCGUGUGGACAGAUCUGUGUUAACACGAUGGGCAGCUUCACCUGCCUUUGUAAACCAGGCUACAAGCCUGCCAGUCCUGACGGCCAGGAAUGCCAGGACAUCGAUGAGUGUGCCAGGGGCAUGCCAUGUGAGCAGCUUUGUGUAAAUACGCACGGCUCCUUCCUUUGCUCCUGCUACCCAGGCUACCAGCUGGAGGGUAUCAAUAGCUCUUCUUGUCUGGAUGUGGAUGAGUGCCUGGAAGAGCCUUGUGAACAUAUGUGCAUCAACCAGCUGGGCAGCUAUCAGUGCUCUUGCAGACCAGGCUGGACUUUGGCAGACAAUGAGAUCUCCUGUGUCCCUGAUGUCAUGGGCAGGGCCCCCUUCCUCCCCACCCAUGAAGAGAGAGAACUGAGAAGGCCAGCUAACAUCUAUCCUUCUUCAGAGACACCGACCUUGCUGCCUCAAUCUUCAAUUCAUGCUGAACUAGAAGGAUCUCAGGAUUUUACCACCCACCCAAGUGUGCUGAGCACACCACUAGGUGCUGAAAAUCAGGCUGGAGACCAUGACAGUGGCAGCUCCAAGCAGCUCCUAUAUUAUAUCUUGGGUGGCAUCGCUAUUUUGCUACUGUUGGCGCUUGCCCUGUCCUUGCUGACCUACAGGAAAAUGAAGGCAAAGAAAAGCAAUAAGAAAUCGACGAGUGCUGCGGAUAAUUACUCUUGGGUGCCAGAUCAGGGGGAGACCAGGGCGUGACACUGUGUUUCUGUUGUGGCUGUCAUUUUUGAGAUGGAGGCAGGGAGGAAAGAGAAGAUCUCUCUCUCUCUCUCUCUCUCUCUCUCUCUCUCUCUCUCUGUGUGUGUGUGUGUGUGU